AUGGCUGACAGUGAUCAUGAGGCUCACUCUUCAUCAGACGAGCAAGACUCCUGCCCUGCCUCCCCUAGUCAAAGCAGGGACCAUGACGCUGAAAAGCAUUCAAGCCAUUCAGACGACUCAGAGGUGGAGAACAUUAUGCAAGACCCUCACCACCAAGGAGGGCACAGUCAACAUGACCACAACCACCCCCACCAUCAUGGCCACGAGCCUUCUGAUGUGGACAGGGAAGCUGAGGGCGAAGACCGCCCUCACACCCCGUCAUAUUUGCACCCCCCUGUGGCGGGACGGGGGCAGUCGGGUUCAGGUUCAGAGCCCAGUGUUCCACAGAGCAGAAGUGUGGAGUUUGACUUGUCGUCAGUCCCCAUCAGUCCCACCAGGCCCAAGAGUCCCUGGGGUCGUUUUGACCCGUACAACAAUAAUGAGGACCAGGACAAGGAAUACGUGGGUUUUGCAACGCUGCCAAACCAGGUUCACCGCAAGUCAGUGAAGAAGGGAUUUGACUUCACGCUCAUGGUGGCAGGGGAGUCUGGCCUGGGAAAGUCCACCCUGGUCAACAGUCUCUUUCUCACAGAUCUUUACAAAGAUCGGAAGCUGCUCAAUGCUGAAGAGCGGAUCACACAAACAGUAGAAAUCACCAAACACACAGUGGACAUAGAAGAGAAAGGUGUCAAACUGAAGCUCACCAUCGUGGACACCCCUGGGUUUGGGGAUGCUGUAAACAACACUGAAUGCUGGAAGUCAGUGGCUGACUACAUCGACCAGCAGUUCGAGCAGUACUUCAGGGACGAGAGUGGCCUCAACCGCAAAAACAUCCAGGACAACCGCGUACACUGCUGCCUCUAUUUCAUCUCACCCUUUGGUCAUGGCCUUCGGCCUUUGGAUGUGGAAUUUAUGAAAGCUCUUCAUGAGAAGGUUAACAUCGUCCCCAUUUUGGCCAAAGCAGACACACUCACCCCUACUGAGGUCAAGAAAAAGAAAAUCAAGAUCCGAGAGGAGAUCGAGCAGUAUGGUAUCAAGAUAUACCAGUUCCCUGACUGUGACUCUGAUGAAGAUGAGGACUUUAAGCAGCAGGACCAUCAGCUAAAGGAAAGCAUUCCCUUUGCAGUGAUCGGCAGCAACACAGUGGUGGAGGCCAAAGGGAAGAGGGUGCGAGGCCGUCUCUAUCCCUGGGGCAUCGUAGAAGUGGAGAACUCGGCGCACUGUGACUUCGUGAAGCUGAGGAACAUGCUCGUUCGCACACAUAUGCAAGAUCUGAAGGACGUGACCCGGGAGACUCACUACGAGAACUACAGAGCCCACUGCAUCCAGAGCAUGACCCGCAUGGUUGUGAAGGAACGCAACCGCAAUAAACUAACCAGGGAGAGCGGCACAGACUUCCCCAUCCCUGUGGGGCCCGCAGUGGGUGACGAGACAGAAAAGCUCAUCCGAGAGAAAGAUGAGGAGUUGCGGCGGAUGCAGGAGAUGCUGGAGAGGAUCCAAGAUCAAAUGCACACUCAGAAAGAGGGCUAUUAACAAAGGACAGCACUGUGUCCAUGUCUCUCUGUAACUGGGAUUUAAAAAAAAAAAAAA